AAAUGAUCGCCUACCUCCUUACCGUGCCCUGUAACGAACAGCUGGAACUCACGUCACCAACAUGAUCAGCGUACGCUUUCUGUUGCUCGGCUUCACCUGCUGCGCGUGGAUAUCCUGGGUCACCUGCGAGGAUUUUCUCGAAAUUCGCUCAGUUGAAGACUCCUUCAUCAAAACUCAAGAGGAGAAAGACUUGAUUGAUGCACUGCAAGAAGUUCUUGAGAAGCUGAGAAACAAACAAAUGCCAACAACAGAAAAGAAACUUGGCUGGGUUCCAUCGUGCGACGCCGGGGAACAGUGUGCCAUACGCAAGGGCGCGCGCAUCGGAAAGCUGUGCAGUUGCCCGAGAGGAACGUCCUGCAGCUUUAAUGUUCUGAAGUGUUUGUAAAGAUGUUUAAAUGUAAACUGUUCCACUCUAUACUUUUUGUUAUCUAGUUAUUAUCUAAUAACAUCAUGUCAUGAAAUGUUUCCUUUUCCAUCAGGCAUUUUGUGAAACUUUUACUGACACUCGCCUCAAAGUUAUAGUGAAAAUGAAAUGCAGUUUUAUUGGUUAGGCCUAUGUAAAUAUAAAUGAUUGUACUAAAAUAAAAAUGCAUAUUUGUACAGAAAAGCCUGUUUCUCAGUUAGUGGUUGUAGUAGUCACUAGAUGGCGUGCUAAGCCUGAGAACUAUGAUUCUUGGAAUAAUUAUGUGUCAAGGAGAAAUGCAUUCAUGUACUGAACCGUUUCUGUCUAACAUUUACACUUAAAAUGUAUCUACGACAGAACAGUUUCAUAUACCUGUAUGUGUACGAAAAGGUGAAGUGAGAUCUUUAGAAAUAAACGGUGGAGAAUGCAAAGACAUCAUCUAACAAGGAGAAUCUCGAAUUUCCCCUU